AUGCCGUCUAUCACUAAAAAAUCUGCUCCCUUUAAGGCUCACUCUGGUCCCAUUCCAGUAACAAUCUUAUCUGGUUUCUUAGGUUCUGGUAAAACCACUCUGCUAGAAAGAAUUCUUACCAGCAACCAUGGCAUGAAAGUUGCCGUGAUUAUCAACGAUAUGUCGGAGUUAAAUGUUGACGCUGCGUUGAUUAAGGAUCAUAAAGUCGCUAAUAAGGAAGAAAAACUGAUUCAAUUACAGAAUGGUUGUAUUUGUUGUACUUUGCGUGGUGAUUUGUUGGAGGAAUUGAUCAAUUUGCACCAAAACAACGAGUUCGACUACAUUCUUAUUGAAUCUACCGGUAUCGCUGAACCGAUGCAAGUUGCGGAAACAUUCUCUAGUGAAUUUUCUCAAACUUUGUUGGACACUCCGGAUUCUGUUACUUCUGAUGAAAGAGUCUUGUUACAAAAAGUCUUGGAUCUUGGUGGUCUAGAAAAAUUGACCAAGAUUGAUACCACAGUUACAGUUAUUGAUGCCAUGAAUUUCCUUGCAAAUAUUGAAACCACUGAUUUCUUGGCCAACAGAUGGGGUGAUAGUGGCCAAGGUGAGGCAGAUCGUACCGUUACCGAUUUAAUGAUAGAUCAAAUCGAAUUUGCGGAUGUCAUCAUAAUCAACAAAACUGACCGUAUCAAAAAAAAGAGGUUGACAAAGAUUCAAAAAAUCAUUAAGAGCUUGAAUCUUGUUGCCAAGAUCAUUAAGACCAGCUACUGUAAAGUUCCAAUGAGUGAAAUUUUAAACACUGGUCUUUACAACUUUGAGAAGGCUGCCUCUUCUGCCGGUUGGUUGAAGAGUAUCAACGAAAUGACUCUGAAAGAAGGUUACGGAGACAAGACUAAGAGUGUCUUGUCACCAACUCCUGAAACUGUAGAAUAUGGUGUUAAUAGCUUCGUUUACAAGUCCAGAAAGCCUUUCCACCCAAAACGUCUAUAUGAUGCUUUGAAGGAUAAAUUUUACAUAAUUGAACAACAAGCGUUAGCUGAACAAGAACACGUUGACUUGUACGAAGUGGAUGAAGAGGAAAAAGAAGAAGAAAGAAGUUUAGCUGCAACUCCUGAUACUUCCAAGGUCCACGAAUUAUUACAAUCCGAGGACGAAGCUGAAUCGGAAUCAGAAGGUGAUGACGAUGACGAAGAGGAAUUAAGCGAGAGAGAAUUGAUUAGAAACAAGAAAAACUCUCCAUUUGGACCAUUGCUUCGUUCGAAAGGUUUCUUCUGGUUAGCUACCAGAUAUUUAUUAAGAGGUGAAUGGUCCUCUGCAGGACCAAUGCUAACAUUGAAAGGCGGUAUACCGUGGUUCCAUGUCGCCGGCUUAGACAAACAAGAAGAUAUCCCACCUGAAGCAUUGACUUUGAUUAAAAGGGAUUUUCAAGGACCAUUUGGGGACAGACGGAACGAGUUAGUCUUUAUUGGUACUGGUAUUGACAGCGUCAAGCUGAAACAAAUUUUGGAUGACUGUUUGUUGACCGAAGAUGAAUAUAAACAAUUUGUUGAUUGCUCACUGAAAGAGCAUAACUUAUUAAAAGUAGAAAGAAGAUUGUCGGAGUUGUUCCAAGACGGUUUUGAAGACUGGCUUUUAUACGAUGAUGAUGAUGAUGAUGAAGAUGAUGAUGAAGAAAAAGAAGAAGAGGGAGAAGAAGAAGACUGA